AUGGGGAAGUACGUGGAGAUCCUGGACCUCGGGGUUCGCAUAGCGGCGCGCUUCCACUCCCACUGCCCGCAGACCGCGCGCAUGUACUACAAGCCUCCAUCCUCCUCCAUCGACGGCAGCGACGAAGGUCGGCACGACGCGACCGCUAGCUCCCGAUUCGGAGCGGCCUCGGACGUGGCGGCGGCUCACGGCAGAUCCUGCGCCGCCUCUGUCGGCGAUUCGACGGAAAUUAUCCUCCACUCCAUUGUUUGA